AACUGAAUACCGCCCAGGAAAUUUUUUGCGAUGGAAUGAACAAGCGCCUAGACAUAGCGUUCGUCCCGCAUUAGCAUGGCUUAGCUGAUGGUUAUUGGUGAGCCGAUCAGCUGAUGGCUGUAGCCGCAUUCACCUCGCACGCCGUUAAAGAACUGCACAGAUCCACGCAUGCAGGCAGCACAUUUUAUUUUGGUUUUUUUACUACGUUGGCUAAAUAAAGAUCCCCGGGCAUUUUGUUUCGCUUGGUGUUGCACCAGUCGUCUUAUUUCACAGCCGCCUGGCAGCUGUUCUUACUGCAGAGCUGGCCGGUGCAAUCUUCGGCACGCUAGUUUUUGCCUCUCACGGAUACCUCCCGUUGGAUAGAAUGCUCUUCUGUGUUUCUUUUUCGACCCAAUCGCCUGUUGUCUUUCGGGGCUGACAGGAUGGGAGACACCGGUGACAAGCUUCCAGAUAUUGAGAAGUCUUCGAAGGACUAUUCGUCGUCGAAAUACGGUGGCGAGGAAAAAGCCAUGGCCGAGCUUUUGGAGAAGAACCAGCAGCUUGAAAAGCAAAAGGCUGAUCUGCUUGCACUCAUCAAGAAACAAAUGAAGUUGAUUGACAUACUAAAGAAGCAGAAGAUCCACUUGGAAUCCACAAGGAUCAUACAGUUCACCGAAGAUGAAUUGAUACACGUCUUUGGGAUAGACAAGAAGGACCAAAAUCUGUAGAAAAUGCGACACUGCACUUUUGCAGGCAAAUUGAUGUGUGCACCUACGCAAUAGGCAUGUAGACCAGGGACCAGGUAUUCGUGAAAGAUUGAAAGCACUAAAGAGCCAUGCGAAAAGUAGUAAAAACACUGCUUGUUGCGUUGAUGUUAAUA